AUGGCCAGUGCGACGCACCCACCCGAGAGACUCAAGGUUUCCGACCCCAAUAGUUGGGAUACAGCGGCAGCACAAUACAACAAUGCUCUUGGGGCCAUUCAUCUGAUCUCCCUCACCGAGACGCUGGAACCCCCUCUAUUAGCCCCCGGCGCACGUGCGAUAGACCUCGGCGCUGGUACUGGCUCUCUUACGUACCAACUCGCUGAGAGGUACCCCCAACUGCCAAUCCUCGCCACUGAUAUCUCGCCAAGCAUGCUCGACCAACUGAUGGUCAACCCUACAGCCAAUAUCACUACACAGGUCGCAGAUAUGCGUGCUCCUGUUGUUGGUGCUGCGGGUGAGGCGUCGUUCUCGCAUGUAUUCAGCACAAUGGCAAUCCAACUUCUUCCUGAUCCUGCGGCAGAUGGCACGCUGAUGGUAUGGGCACGUUUAUUGAUCCCUAAUGGCAUCGUGGCCAUUGGAGUUUGGGAUUUUGACCAGAACUGCCGGCCGCAUGCGCUGUGGGCGGAAGCCGCAGUAGCAGUAGACCCAAGUUAUGUCAACCCACCGUUAGUGAUUCCAGGGCAUUGGAAUGGACUUGCUCAACUUGAGGACGGACUAAAGAGAACAGGCUUCCGAGAUAUAAAAGCUAGAUCACAACAUAUUGGGUUCGAUAUUGGAAAAGAGGAGUUUAUGCGGUUCUUUUGGGAGAGCAAAAAUCCCAUGACUUUGGAUCGACAAGCAUCAUUCAAAGGAGAUCUGGAAAAGGUGAAGCUGGAAAUGGGGCGGUUAUUAGAUGAGGUCUAUGAUGGAGGAAGGAGUAUCCCCUUGUCAGCAGGUUUGGUGGUGGGAAGGAAGCCCAGGGUAGAUUGA